GUUUAAUUCAAGUAAAAUAUAAUGGUGCGUACGAAGGUAACACGCACGGCUACGAAGCGUGGCCAAAACAGCUCCGAUUCAAAGAUGUACAUCGAAAUGAAGCUGCGUGAUUUCGACGUCAUGUCGGACUGCCACCUAACCAACAUUGAGCUCAAAUUCCAGAACGAUAUGGACAAAUUGAAUCGUGCAUUCGAGUUUAUGCGAACCCGCAUACCAAACAACUUGCUCUCGCUUACUAUGGGCGAACUACGCUCCAUGCAAGCUGGCCCUGAAGAGCUCAACAAAUCUGCACCGUUAAAUCAAACGAUCAGCGCCAACAUGAGUGCAUUAUUGGAAAAGUCCUGCCGUAAAAAAUCAAAAGAUGAUGGUUACCUUACAGAGGAAAGCGAACAAGGAGAUGCGUACCGUGCCGGAUCGUUAAUGUCCCAUUCAAAGGCACGGGUCGGUCCGCUCAUGUCUGCAAGAAUACGACGUCGUAGCAAAUCGGCAAAUUCCAUCGUCACACCUCACGUCAGUCGCGGCCUGUUUCCUGCACCGCAGAGUGCAUUCGCUGGAAAAACGCAGAUUCCCGGGUCCGCCAUCAAGCCCAGUAUUCCGGCCUCGGAGCGCGUGUCGCGGGCAAAAACAAAGACAUCAUUCGUUAACCGACCGAAAGCGGCGAGUGCUGACCGUGGGUACGGAAUUAUCACACCCAAAGUGCAGCCGUACACAGCAAUGGCAAUGAUCCGCCAUGCCAAGCUAGGGGAGUCGGUAUUUUCGGUCACAGGCAGUCCAGUCGUCACCGCAAACAUGCUGGAAUCCACCGCUAACGUCAACAUUCCCGUGUCUAACGGAAUGCUUUCCAUCAGGCCCACGGAGAUGGAAGUUGUGGAUGAAUCGCUGCUCCGAAAGAUCGACGCGAACGUACUGAUGGAGUUAAAGCAGCUCCAGGUCAAUUUAGAUAAAAUUAUGAGCUCUCUUCACCUCUCAUGA